AAGCGCGUACAUCCGACAAUACAACAAUUUUUAAAGCCGGCAUAAAGCGCACCUUACCUCCGCGUACAACAUUCGAUACACGUCGUAAUGCGGGUAGAGCACGCUUUGCCUUUUCCGUCUUCCGCUCGCGCGGGGAAAACAAAGAGAAUUUUGUAGUAGUUUUCCUCUAUAGUAUAAUUCAAAGCCUUAUUCGGGACAUUAGUUGUGUAUUUUGGGGCGUUUAUUAAGUGGAAUUAAAUUUAUCGUUAUAAAUAAUUUGUUUUAAGUAAAUGUAAUAACAACCGCUCUUCCCCUUAGAACCUCAUCCACUAUUUCUGGGAAUGGGUGGCCACGCAAUGAAUAAAACAGUGUAUAUCAUAUAAAAACAACUAUUAGUGACGUAUAGAAGCUAUUAUAAAAGAGUGCAUAUGUAUAUCAAAACACAGUGACGACUUUAUUUCCAUUACGAUGGUGCAGUAUGUGUAUCAUAAAUAACCGAACAAUGCCUUACAUUGUGUACCAUCAAUCCCUCAACUCUAGUCUUACCACAACCUCAGCAGAUUCAGAAGAAUACAGUGGCACCAUCCUGUGGUUCGUGAUAAACAUUCUACUGAUUCUAGUGACAGUUUUGGGAAAUUUACUUACCAUCAGUGCUAUCCUGAGCACCAGAAAACUGAACUCUAUUAUUGCCAACCAGUUUAUUUUUAGUUUGGCUGUAAGUGACCUUCUUGUUGGACUCACAAUACCAUAUCACAUGGCAUUUUAUGUUGUACCAGAUUUCGGAUCUGGCAAAAUAAACUGUUUGCUCCGAUUUGUCUUAAUUUCGUUCGCGUGUUCUAGUUCAAUAAUGAACCUAUUGAUGAUCGCUGCAGACAGAUAUGUAGCUAUAGUGUACCCUCUUCACUACAACAGGUUGAUCACCAGGAAAACAUCAAUUUUCAGUUCGGUUUUCGUAUGGGGUUUGAGUUUUGCAGUGUCGGCGAUUCCACUGAGUUGGAAUGAGUGGGAACCCGGUAAACAGUGCGAAAUUUUCGAAGUGAUACCAAACAGCUAUAUGAACAUGGUGUUAUUUCCUAUGUUUUUGUUAAUAUGGCUUAUGAUGCUGUUAUUGUAUAGUAGGAUAUGUAGAGAGGCGGCUGGACAGGCUAAAAGGAUGAGAGUGGCUACUACAAUGCAGAAUAUUUCUGGUUUAAGGGAUUCUAAAAGUUUUCAGGUGAUGCUUACGAUCCUAGGAUGCUUUACCGUCUGCUGGUUACCCUACUUUAUAAUAGCUCUUUACAACCGCUUUCACGCCAACUUAAAAAGUGGUUACUCCUACGAAGUGGCCUUCAAUUUAGCGGUUGCCAAUUCAAGCAUGAACCCAAUUAUCUAUGCCUGGAAGAACCACAACUUCCGACAAUCGUUUCUGCACCUCAUUCGUUGCCGAUCGCCUAACCAGCAGGCGUGUGCACAAUUUGUUACCAACCAUGUGCCGAGUAAGAAGAGCUCGAUCUCCAACGGGGUCGGCAACGCCGCGUGUGACGUAGACGACGGGGAAAGUGACUCUGGCAAACGCGCAGAUUUGGAAAUGGGCGUGGCCGAUUGUUGUAAUGGUGGUUCAAAUGUGACUAAUGGUGGGGGAAGGAUAGAUAGAGAGUGAAUGGAUUAUUGUGCUCUUGAUUUGGUUAAACUGAGAUUAUUCGAUUGGCGUACUCAUAAUUCAUGGACAAUAAAAGUGAAAUACGCGCGCUCUUGCGCUUGAGGAUGGCACAAGAGAGAAUAGGAGUCGAUGGUAAAUGUAGAGGGUGUAUUAUUAUACCUUUUCUGAAAAUUUAUAGGGUGUUCAAUAAAUCUUAAUACAAAAUUUCUUGGUUUAAACAGUUAUUUUAAUUAUCGUAGUUUUAUUAGUACAAGUCCAAAAAGAACUGUACUAACUUCAGUCCCAAUUCUAUAUUAUUUUAGAUUCCUUGAGAAAAAUUUAUAAUACAACUAAUAAUUAAAAAAUAUGUUCAAAACCAAGAAAGUUUUGUGUUAACUUUUGUUAUACUUACUUAACAUUUUUAGUUUAGCAUUUAAGAAAAUUAUAUAGUACAUGACAAGUG